AUGCAUCUUGGAUUUAUUACUACUAUUUAUUUUAUUUUUCUUCAAAUUUUUGAUGGUUCAACAAAAUUAGGAGAAAUUGCUUUGGAAAGGAAUGCUUCUAAAUUGAGACUUGGACAGUUAGUUUUUUUAUUUUUUAUUUUUUGGGGUUUAUUGGUUUUGUGGCUAACAAUAAGUUGAGACAUUAUUGUCCUCUCUAUAUUUUUAAAUUUUUCUGCAAGUUUUUUGAAUUUUUGGCGGUUAUAUUGGGGACAAGGGGAAAUUUUGAAUUUUGACAAGGACAAUUUGGACAUAUUGGGGACAAGGGGCUAAUUCGGGUUAUUUUUUAAAUAGGGCCAAGUUGGGUCUUUUUUUAGUUAUAUUUUUUUACUUUUUCGGAACAAAAGCCCAAUUUCGGGACAUUAUUGUCCCUCCUUUACAUGUUUUUUUAAUUUUUUUUACAUUUUUUUUUGAUUUUCCAAUAUUCUAUUUCCGAUAUUUUUUUAAUUUCCGUCAAUCAAAUUACAAAAAAACAAUUUAUAUAUUUUUUCCUUUUAUAAAAAGAAGGACAAUUUGUCCCCCUCUUUUUCCAAUUAAAAAAUCAGAUCAAAGCCUUUUUCCCUCUUAUUUUUUCUUUAAAGUUUGUAGAAUUGGGGGUUUUGUUGUUGUAAUGUUGAGAUGAGUUUAUUGAAUAGAAAAAUAUUGGGGAAAAUUUAAGAGUAUUUUUUGAGGAUAUUUAAGGGAUUUUAUAUUUUUGGGGAUUUUCGAAAUUUUCCAUUUUGAACCCUAGAGUGUUUUUUAAAAUAUUUUAGCCAAAAAAUAAAAAAAUUUUUUUAUUUUAUUAUGUUAUUAUUUUUCUCUUUUUUUUAUUUUUCCCUUUUAGAAUAGUAAAAAAAAAUUGUUCGAUUAAUUUAAGGCUAAUUUAGAAUACAUAAAUGAAUAAUAACAAAAAAAUAAUAAUAAAUAGGACCAAAAAUUGAACAAAAAUAGGAGGGGACUAGAAAGAGUUAUGUUUUGUUGUAGGAAAAGUGGCAAAAAAUUUUUACAAAAGAAAAAAAUUGUUUUUUUGUAUUUUAUUGUUAUUAUUUUUGAAAAGAGGAAAAGAGAAAAAUUAAGGAAAAGCCAAGUAUUAAGGAAAGGAGAGGGGUCAGAAUAAAGCAAAGGGGAAAAGACGGAAAAAAUUUUUUUAAUUUUUAUAAGAGGGAUGAGGACCCAUUCCGGUCCGGUUCGAAAGAUCGAGUCGGGCUUCGAAUUUUGGCCCGAAAAAGACUCGGUCGGAUCGGCCCGAUAAUAAUAACUCGAACGUCGGGCCGACUUGAACGUCGAAAAUCCGACCCGUCUCGAAAAUUCCAACCCUAUUUAUAAGGUUAUGAAUAAGGUUAGAAUAAGGCUAGAAAUUUUUAUGGUAAGGUUAGAAAGAAGGGAGAGAGAUUAAAGAAUUAUAUUAUUUAAAUUUUUUAUAUAUUUGGAUAGGUUUUUGAAUUUUAGAGAGGGAAAAACAACAUAUGUGUGCAUAAAUUAAUAAAAAUUAUUUUUAUAUUGUUGUUGCUAUUUUUGUGAAAUUUUUUUGUGUUGUAUUUUUAUUGAUGGUGAUAGUGUGAAAAAUAACGCUUCUAAAAUAGGUGCCAAAAAUGGCGGAAGGGUGGGAGAUUUUAUAGUAUAAAUUGUCAUUUCCUUUUUUAAUUUUUCGGCAAGAAAAAAUGUUGCGCAAUGAUUUGUGAGGAAUAUAAAGAAAAUUAAGGAGAAAAAGGUGCUAUUAACUAGUUGAUUUUAGUGAAAGAUAAAAAAAUCGGGAAAGGUGACGGAUAGAAGGAAAAAAUUUUUUUUAAAGUCGAGAGAAUUAAGGGAUUAUUUCGAGAAAAAAAAGAAAUUAAGUAUUGAAGAUGGUGAAUGGUUAGAAAAAAAUUAUUUUUUUUUCUGGCUUCUCUCCCAUUCACAGGUGUGUCGGAAUUCCGACUUCCGAUUUUCGACUUUUUUUCCUUCCGAUUUCUGACACUUCGGACUGUUCCGACCCACCUCUGCU